AUGGCUGGAAGGAAUGACGCUGCAAUGGCUGCCGCAAUGCAAGCAAUGGCACAAGCUGUGCAGAACUUGCCAAAUGCUGGUGGAGAUGCUGGAUCACGUAGCUUGGCGACUUUUCAAAGAGAGAAUCCGCCGGUGUUUAAAGGAAAGCAUGAUCCAGAUGCAGCCUUGGGAUGGUUGAAAGAGAUUGAGAGAAUCUUCCGUGUUAUGGAUUGCACUCCAGCUCAGAAGGUUCGGUAUGGUACUCACAUGCUAGCAGUCGAAGCUGAUGACUGGUGGCUAGAGACUCACGAGAGGUUGACCGUGGCAGGUGAAGUCAUUACUUGGGAUGUAUUCCGUAGGGAAUUCUUGAGGAAGUAUUAUCCGGAAGAUGUCCGUGGUAAGAAGGAAAUUGAGUUCCUUGAGCUGAAGCAAGGAAACAUGUCUGUCACUGAUUAUGCUGCGAAAUUUGUGGAGUUGUCCAAAUUUUAUCCUCAUUACACUGGUGCUGGUGCUGAAUUUUCAAAGUGCAUCAAGUUUGAAAACGGAUUGCGCUCUGAAAUUAAGAAGGCUGUUGGGUAUCAGAAGAUACGCAUUUUUACUGAAUUGGUUGAUAGCUGCAGGAUAUUUGAAGAAGACAAUAAUGCUCAUUACAAGGUUGUCAGUGAUCGCAGAGGAAAGCAACAUCAAAACCGUGGCAAGCCGUAUGAUGCUCCAGCUGGAAAAGGGAAGCAAAGAGCUGCUCCGGCUCAGAGAGCUAGUGGGGGAGGUGCUCCUGCUGGUAUAGUUUGCUUCAAAUGUGGUCAGGCUGGUCAUAAG